AUGCAUUCGACGAGAAUGAGAACGAAAACCGUGUACCCCUUUAGAUUUGGUAUAAAUAAUGAGGCUAAUCAUGGAUGGGCAUCAGUUGCAAGUGAGCUACAAACGCCAGCAAACAUAAAUCACUCCCAGUCAAGCAUUAAAAUGACAUCUCACUUCAUGUCCACUCAGAUGAUUCUCGGUACUUGCCUCACGAUAGCCGUACUCUUAUGCGGAGCCAUCGUGGUACAAGCUGAUGAUGAAGUACCGGCUUUCUUCCUCAAAAUAGCUAAGAAUGUUCCCCGAAUUGGAAGAAGUGACAAGUACUACGAUUACUUCUUCAAGCAGGCGAAGAAUAUGCCGAGGAUGGGAAAACGAGAGGACUACGAUCAAAUUGCAGAAUCUUUCUACAACGAUCGGGAGCCGUUCACCCAACGUCAGAAGCGAAUGGUCAAUCAUGCAAGCAACGGAGGGUUGGAUUCGUCAGCGUGGGGGCACUUUCCUUUGGCCAUUGAAGGCCCUCCCGAGCUUUGGCGAACAUUAGCUUCUUACGCUAACGAUCGAUACAGAACGUCUUCGGUGAAUGAAAUUAACAACGAUCUUUGGUCUAGGGACAAGCGAUCACCCCCGGCCUCACUAUAAUUCCGAGCCCUCAAGGUCCUCGGCAGAAUAAAACAAGGGAAUUUAUAGACUUAAGGUGAUGGAAAGGAUCCGUAAAUUCGCUGUUUGUCACAACCAUUUGUUAUCAAUUCCCGCGAAUCUCAGAAUAUCUGUAAUAAAACGGUGAAUCACAAUAAAUAAAAAAUUGAAA